CAAUAGAUAAUAUCUCUAUAAAUAUUUGUUUAAAUAAAAAAAAGAGAUAAAAAGAAGUAAAAAUGACGAUUGAUUUGUCGACUGUACCGCUUGUUGCAGCCACUGUCGCAAGCAGACAAGUUAUCGCAACAAUGUUAAAUCCUGUGAAGGUUUUACCAAGUGAUAAUGGUUUGCCAAGGGAUUGGAGAGGCUUGGCGCAUCAAUUAGAAUUCAGCUCAAAAUUCGUGUCAAUGCUUGUGUCACAUUCUGAUCCAACAAUGCGUAUAUUCACAGAGUUGACAGACAAAAAUAAAAAAGAUUUUACAAUAAAAGAUUUUCAAGCAAUGAUGGAACAGAUGGAUAGAUGGGAUGUUAUUGAUGACACUGAAGCUUUGUUCCAAAGUGAUGCUGAGAGAUAUUUGGAGCAUCAGCAAAGAGCUCAAAUGUCAGCAGAUCCGAUCGACGAAUGUACCGAUAAAAAAAUACUUACUUUAGAUGAUAUUCACAGAUUAAAGCAAGGUUUAGCGUUGCAAUAUUACGAUGCAUUUCUUUUAUAUGCAGAAGAGGAUAUUGUUUUUGUAAAACAGAUGAUUGAGAAGCUUGAAAUACAAUUUAAGCUAAAACUGUGUUUGAAAGAUCGAGAUUUGGUAGCUGGUUUAGAAUUCGAACAUGAAGCAGUAAUGGAGUUAAUAUCGGAACGAUGUAAUAGAUUACUCAUUAUAGUAUCACCAAAUUUAAUGAAACACUCAGCAAACAAAUUUUUUUUAAACUAUACUCAAGCUUUAAGUAUCGAGAAACGACAAAGAAAAAUUAUACCAUGUAUAUACAAAAGCUGUGAAUUGCCAUUUCAACUGAAAUAUAUAUUUAAUUUAGAUUAUAAUCGUAAAGAAUUAUUUGAUUUUUGGGGCAGAUUACGUGAUUCUAUACAAACUUCGAAUUCUACUGUUACAAGCAGUUCAAUUCAAAUAGGAAAUAGUAGUAUAAUGCAAGAGACUACAGAAAUAAAGAAAACUUUCUCCGAUAAAUACAUUGACGAAUCUUACAUUACUCAAAAAACAAAUGAAGCAUUAAAAUUUCAACAACAGAAGAGUGAAAAUUGUAAGGAUGAAAUUAUUGCAAAAGCAAUAAGUGAUAUAGAAACUUUAAAUGUUAAUAAUAAAACGAACAAGACAUUAUUACGAUGGGAAAAAAUUACUUCAAAUUUGAAGAUGAAGCAAACUAAGAAAAGCGAUCAGUUAACUACAGAAGCAAUUGUUCAAAAUCUGCCAUCGGUAGAUAACUUAGACAGCUUAGAUUUAUCAAAUACUCACAUAUAUAAGAAAAAGAAGAAAAAUUUAUUUAGCAAGUUUACAAAGAAAAAAAUUUCCGUGAAGACUUGA